AUGUUAGAGUUUUACACGAAUAUUAAUUCGGGAUUGAUGCAGGAGGGCAUGCAGCCGCCGCUCUCCUGUGCAGGGAGGACAGAGCUCAGUGCCAGCAUCAAACGGGAGAAAAUAGUAGAAAUAUGUGAAGGGUGCGGUCAGAAGAUCCAAGAUCGCUACCUGAUGCGGGUCGGCGAGCUCUCCUGGCACGAGCACUGCCUCAGCUGCUGCGUGUGCGGCUGCCCGCUCGCGCACACCUGCUACACGCGAAACGCCAAGCUUUACUGCAAACCCGACUAUGAUAGGUUAUUCGGAGUUAAAUGCACCAGAUGCGGCGACCGACUCCUCCCCCAAGAAAUGGUCAUGAGAGCGCAGCAGUACGUGUUCCACAUACAAUGCUUUGUGUGCGUUAUGUGCUGUCAGCCGUUACAAAAGGGGGAGCAAUAUGUCAUCAGGGCAGGCCAGAUCUUCUGCAGGCAAGACUUCGAAAAGGAAAUGUACCUGAUGCAACAUGCCGAAGACGACAUGAUUAUUGACGAUUCCGAGAGACCUCGCGAUGGCCGACGAGGCCCAAAACGUCCGCGGACAAUACUUACCUCAGCUCAACGGAGACAGUUCAAAGCUUCCUUCGAAGUCAGUCCGAAACCUUGUCGCAAAGUUCGUGAAGCAUUAGCUAAAGACACUGGCUUGAGCGUGCGAGUCGUGCAGGUCUGGUUCCAAAAUCAGAGGGCUAAAAUGAAAAAGAUACAACGCAAAGCCAAACAAGAGGGAGACAAAAACGCGGAAAAGGAAAAGGACAAAGAUGAAAAGAGUAUUAAACAAGAAUCACCAUCGAGUGAACACGGAAAUUACUUAGGCCUUGAUGCGUCUUACUCGGCGUCUAGUCAGCCUCUAAAUCCCAACUUACCUUACUCUCCAGAUGAUUAUCCUGCUCACUCCGGAGACAGCUUCUGCAGCUCAGAUAUAUCGCUGGAUGGAAGCAACUUCGAUCAACUCGAUGAGGGCGCAUCGGACACAAUGAGCUUACAGAACCUAGAAGUAACGCAUCACGCACACAACCAUUCCAAUCACGGAAACCACGAACCCCUUAGCCUCGGCUCCGGUGCUGUUGUCAAUCCAAUUGAUAAGCUUUACCUAAUGCAGAAUUCUUACUUUAGUACGGAACAUUGA